AUGGUGGAACUCUCCAAGGAGCGGCAAGCUCUUGUCCAGACCUUUAUUGCGCAGCGCGGCAUGCGUCUUGCGGAUCUCGACCGUGUUCUGCAUGCCAUCUACGGCGACAACCUUGCGGCUACUCAAAUAAAUGCCGCUUACAUCGCCAAUGAGAUCUCCACUCUCAACACGGCCCUCGCUGGUUUUGACUUUGAAAUCAGGAGAACAGUCGAUCAGCGUGUCGGCGGAGACUUUUGGGUGCUCGUCAAUGCAACGGCUGAUUCCAUGACGCAGCUUGCAACAACGCAUACACCUAAUGAGAUUGCCUACUUUCGCUGUCUCUUGUAUGUCAUCUGCAGUGCCAACAACACUCGAGACUGUGAAGCAUUGUGUGUCUCACUGCACGAGGCACUCUCGUAUGCGCAUGCAUUUCCAGCGGGUUAUCAAGCUUCGCAGGUACCGACUGGCGAAUCUGCCACACCUGCAAGACAAUCUCCUUCAGCGCGAAAGAAGGCACGUCGUGGUGGAUCCGACAACGACGAUGCGAGUAUCCCAACUUCUUCUCCUGCUGUGCGAUCUACGCAAUCCUCAUUGCUUCAAGGACCGGGACUCACUCGCACUGCUGCAAAGCAGGCACUCGACAAGUUUGUGCAAGAAGCCUGGCUGCACAAGUCAUCGGGCGAUUACUACAGCUUGACACCGAAAUCUCUCAUGGAACUUCACGUCUACCUGCAAGAAAUGUACGGUCCAGAGGAAGAAUCCACUGACGCCGAUCAUGAAGGGGAUGCUGCAACAGCACGCAGACCCCAAGCACCCCUCAUCAAACCCUGUUCGUUGUGUCGAGAAUUAACACUCAUUGGGUAUCGUUGUCCAGAUCUCGACUGUCCCGCUCGUAUCCACAGUUUCUGCUUCAAGCGAUGGACAGAGAUGCGAACAGCGCAUGGACAGGCACAGUGUCCCAAGUGUAAGGCUGAAACCUGGGAACGUCAUAGGAUGGUGCCGGUGGGUGAACGUGCCUCUGCAGCGCCCACGAAUCAUCGACGUCUUGGUGGUGGUCCACCGCAGCAGCAAGCAGCGACAAGUAGGCGUGCGCGUGCGGCAUUGCUGGAAGAAGCUGAUGAUGACGAAGAGCAAAGCUCGCAACCUGUACCACGCUCAGCCUCCACGUCGCAACGAAACGGCGUCUAUGAAGAAGACGACGACUGA